UUGUUGGUAAGAUGAAGGGUCCUACUAGGUCGGAAUCCCUCACGGGUUGACCCGGCCCGGGUUAAAUUGUCAUCGAAUUGUAUAGAAGCAACUAUAUUCUCUUUUAAAGCUACUUUAUAAUGUACAAAAAUACUAUAAUCAAUACAAGUGAAAAGUUGCCUUAAAAUAGAAGUACGCAAUAUUGUAUACAUGUUGCAUUUUUUUUUUUAGCUUGUUACUCAAGUGGCAGGUUUUUUCUUUUUAAAAAAAUCAAACCCAUCUUCUAGCUUCACCGCAUCUCCAUCACACCCACCACCGCAUCUCCAUCAUAGCCACCACCAUCAUAAUAGCCACCAACCAAAACCCAUCAACACCAUCACCAUCUCCCCGCCUUCCUCUUCGUCUCCCCUUUGUCCUCUUCUUCUUCUUUUCUUAACAAUGGCCCCUAUGCCGCUUUGCGGCGAAACAAAAGACACCCUAUUAGCAAAUAGUGUAAAGUAGGGUCAUCAUAUCAACCCCUUAGGGAAAGCUAUUAUUUCGUGGCAGCAUUGUAGAAGGAGGAAGAAGGAAAAUUUUUGGAGCCUUGGAGCCAUGGAUCUACAGCUGUGAGCUAGUUCGGUAGAAGGAAAAAAAUCUGGGUCUUAACUAUUUUACCCCCAACUUACACACCAAAAUGACCGUUGUAUCCCUUGAGUAACAUUGAUUGUAACUCAAAUUGAGUAACUUAUAUUUCCUUUUUUUUUUUUCCAAACAAAAUCUCAAAAUUUCUCUUUUCACUUCAAUUUUAUGCAUGUCCAAACGACCAAAAUAAGUAAGAAACCAGUUCACGAACUAUUCAAUUUCCUUAAUUCUAUCAUAAAAGCCUUUAAAAUAUAUUAACAAGGCUAAUUAAUUAACCACUAACCAUAUCCAUCACUAAACUCCCAAAUCAAUCCAAAAUCAAACCUAAAACCAAAAUCAAAACAAUACAAAGUAAAAUACAACGUAUUAAAGUUUAUCUUCCUUUUCUUACCUUGUAUUCAGUCACACAAAGCAUUCCAAUUUCGUAAUUAAUAAUCACCAAAAAUAAAUUAAACCAUUCCCAAAACUAAAAUAAACAAACCUCCCCCCCCCCCCCCCAAAAAAAAAAAAAAAAAAAAAAAACCCAAAAUGGAACCUCGACGAAACCCCCAAAAUAGAGCAAGAAUCGACCCAAAAAUCCGCCAAGUUGGUUUUACAUUCAAUCCCACAACCACAACCCCUAAUUCCCAAAACCCUAAUUCUCCCGCCACCGUCUCCGGCGUCACCGCCUCCGACGACUCCGGCCUUUCUCCGGUGAUGAUCCCUCCUCCGCCGAUCCCCUCCGACACUUCCGCCGUCGCCGUCUCCACUUCUCUCCCUGUUCCUGUCCCCGCCCACUCCGCCGCCGCUGCCUCCGCCACUGUCUCCGCCGCUCGCCGAGUUUACGACGAUUCUCACUCUUACCUCGCCGCUUCUUCGCCGGAGUCAACUCAGCCUGAUUUUUCCGACGACUGGGUUCCGAGUAGUUCUGGGAAGUAUAGUCUUGGUUUUGAUAUGUCUGGUGUUAAUUCUCCUGUUGCUGAUCAACAAUCUGCUCAUGAUGCUGAUUUUACUGUGAUUAAUCAUGAGAAGGGAGGAAAUAUAUCAGAAGUACAAGUGUCUCACCAUGAAGACAAAAAGGUGACCUCCAAACCGUUGAAGGAUAAAACUAGCAAAGCUGAAAGGCGCGCUUUACAAGAGGCUCAGAGAGCUGCCAAAUCUACUAAAAAAGCUGCGGCUUAUGGAGUGGCACCUCCUGUCACUGAAAAGCCAACCAAAGCAUCUAAGCAGUAUCCACAGAAAAAAGAUGUUCCUUUGGCAACAUCCUCAGUGUCAGUAUCUGAAAUGAAAGGAGGUGAUCGGCCACCGGAGAAAGACAAGAAGAAGGAUGUUCCCCAUCCUCGGAUGCAGUAUGAUGACAAGAGCAGAGUGGAAAAGGCUAAAAAGCGCUCUGUUAUUGACAAACCUGAAGCUAGAAACAGAGUGGAGCUGUUUCAGCAUUUGCCUCAGUAUGAACGUGGAAAUCAGCUCCGUGACCUCGAGUCAAAAUUUUUCAAUCUUGAUUCAGUUCAUCCUGCUGUGUACAAGGUGGGUUUGCAAUAUUUGUCGGGCGAUGUAUCUGGAAGUAAUGCACGAUGUAUUGCAAUGCUCUAUGCUUUUAAAGAAGCCAUUGAAGACUACCAUACCCCUGCAGACAAAAUUCUAACCAGAGAUCUAGCGACAAGGAUCAGUAGCUAUGUGUCAUUCCUAAAUGAAUGCCGCCCCCUCUCUAUCAGUAUGGGUAAUGCAAUAAGAUACGUAAAGACCCGCAUUGCGAAGUUGCCUUCAAAUCUUUCUGAGACAGAUACAAAAGCUACGUUAUCUUCUGAUAUAUAUCGUUUUAUUAAUGAAAAAAUCGUAAUAGCAGACAAAGUAAUUGUGCAACAGGCUGUCACAAAAGUUAGGGACGGUGAUGUUCUUCUUACUUACGGUUGUUCUAGUGUUGUUGAAAUGGUAUUGGUAUAUGCUCAUGAGCUUGGGAAAAAGUUCCGUGUUGUGAUAGUUGAUUCACGACCAAAGUUUGAAGGUCAAGGAUUGCUUCGAAGACUGGUUGCAAAAGGGUUGAGCUGUACAUACACGCAUAUUAAUGCAGUUUCCUAUGUCAUGCAUGAAGUCACAAAAGUUUUCUUAGGUGCCGCUUCCAUUUUGUCUAACGGAAUUGUUUAUUCAAGAAUUGGAACCGCAUGUGUUUCUAUGGUUGCUCAUUCUUUCCGCGUUCCUGUACUUAUUUGCUGUGAAGCCUACAAGUUUCAUGAGAGGGUCCUACUUGAUUCCAUAUGUACUAAUGAACUUGGUGAUCCUGACAUUAUAGCUAAGGUAUCUGGUAGAAAGGAUCUAAAUUAUUUGGACGAUUGGAUGAAUAAGAAAAAUUUGCAGCUCCUAAAUUUAUUAUAUGAUGCUACUCCCUCAGAUUACAUAUCGUUGAUUGUCACUGACUAUGGCAUGAUUCCACCUACAAGCGUGCCAGUAAUUGUGCGUGAAUAUGGGAAAGAACACCUAUUUUAAUGUGCAGAUAUUGUGUUAAAAUACUUGUUGAUGACAAGGCUAACUACUGUAAAGGUGUUUGGUUUGGAUCUCAUAUUUAAUGUCGUAAAUUUGAUCCCAGUAUACAAGUGAAGGCUCAUUUCAUGUUACUUCUGCACCAAGCAGUUUUGAUCCCAGCAUUCUUUGACAGGAAUCGUUGUCUAUGUAUUAUUUUGAACGUUGUUUAGAAUGAUUUAGCCAACUAGAAUAAUAAAUCACAAUUCAGUAUGAUGAUUUUUUUUAGUUUUACACUUAUAGUAGGUGUGAUAUGAGGUGUAAGUCAUAUAUAUACCGAGUAGCUUAAUCCCUUUUCAAGUUUGAUUCCUUAUUAUUAAUUACAAGUAUUAUUUUAUUA